AUGCUGCGGGUCAGUAUCUCUAACUCUGAAUCGUCAUCUCCGCUACUGAUCACUUCAUCUGAGUGCUCUGAUUCAGGGAUCUACACCAUAGGGGUCAAAAACCUAGUGGACCAGGAAACCUUCAGCGUGGGGGUUAGGGUUACAGAUGAUCCCAAGCCCCCAGGACCAGUAGAACUUGAGGAGAACGUCCCAGGCACUAUGACAGUUAUCUGGGAACCAUCACCUGAUGAGAUGUGUGACGAUCACCUCCACUACUCUGUGUCUAAACGAGACUCCAUCAAAGGCUCAUGGAGCACAGUGGCCCGACAGGCUCUUCAACAACAAGUUCACCACUUCCGUGUCUACGCUAAGAAGGACACGGGCAUGUCGGCCCCAUCUUAG